CCCGUUGCGGGCAGGCGGAGGGCGGCCGGCCUCGUCCCUCUCUCCGUCCGUCCGUCCGUCCUUCCGUCCUUCCGUCCCUCCGUCCCUGCAGCCCCGGGCCUCCGCCUGCCAGCCAGCCCCGUCCCCCCUCCCGGGAGCAGCAGGAGGGACGCGUCCGAGCCCCGCAGCCCCUCCCGCUUCGCCCUCCGCCCCCAACGGCGCCGCCCGGGCCUGGCCCUCGGGCCGCAUCUCUUAGCUCCGCGCCCCUGGGCUCCGAGCUCCCCGGCUGGUCGGCUCCGCGCUCUUUAGCUCCCCGCCUGCAGCCCCGCAUCCCGCAGCUCCGCGCCCCUGGGCUCCGAGCUCUCCGCACCCCGCCGCGGCUCGGCUCCGCCCUCCCUCCCUCUUUAGCUCCGCGCCCCGCUGCUCUUCAGCUCCUCGCCCGCAGCUCCGUGCUCCCCGCCUCCUCGCCUGCAGCUCCGCGCCCCUCGGCUCUGAGCUCCCCCCAGUUCCGCGCUCCCCGGGUCCUGAGCUCCGCGUCCCUGAGCUCGGCGCCCCGCAGCCUCCCCUUCUUCAGCUCUCUGCAGCUCCGCCCUCCUCGCCUCCGCUCCCCGCAGCUCCGCGCUCUUUAGCUCCGCGCUCUUCAGCUCCUCGCCUGCAGCUCGGUGCUCUCCGGCUCCUCGCCCCGCAUCCCGCAGCUCCGCUCCCCCCUCUUUAGCUCCGCAUCCCGCAGCUCCAGGCUCUUCAGCUCCUCGCCUGCAGCUCCGUGCUCUCCGUGCUCCCCUGCUCCUCGCCCCGCAUCCCGCAGCUCCGCGCUCCCCAGCUCCUGAGCUCGGCGCCCUUGAGCUCGACGCCCCGCAUCCUCACCUCUUCAGCUCCACGCCCUUGAGCUCGACGCCCCGCAUCCUCACCUCUUCAGCUCCACGCCCUUGAGCUCGACGCCCCGCAUCCUCACCUCUUCAGCUCCACGCCCUUGAGCUCGACGCCCCGCAUCCUCACCUCUUCAGCUCCGCGCCCCUCAGCUCGGCUCUCUGCAGCCCCUCGCCUCCGCGCCCCCCUCUUUAGCUCCGCAUCCCGCAGCUCCGCGCUCUUCAGCUCCUGAGCUCCGCGCCCUUGAGCUCGGCGCCCCGCAGCCUCCCCUUCUUCAGCUCCGCGCUCCCCUCAGCUGGGCUCUCUGCAGCUCCUGGCCUCCGCUCCCCGCAGCUCUUCAGCUCCGCGGGCCUGGUCGCCCCGCGGGGGUGGGUGCGGGUGCGGGUGCGGGCGGGGAUGUCGGCGCUGGAGUGGUACGCGCACAAGUCCCUGGGCGACGGCAUCUUCUGGAUCCAGGAGCGCUUCUACGAGUCGGCCAACCGUGCCAACAUCUGGCUGGUGCGCGGUUCCCGCCAGGACCUGGUCAUCGACACCGGGCUGGGCCUAAGGAGCCUCCCGGAAUACCUGCGGGGCGCCGGCCUCCUAAGGGGACCCGACGGGGACCGGGACGACGAGGACCAGGACGAGGAGCAGCCCCCCGGGAGGGACGAGGAGGGCGGAGGCCGCCGGGCACCGUUGGCCGUGGCCACCCACGUGCAUUUCGACCACGCCGGCGGGCUGCACCAGUUCCAGCGUGUGGGCGUGCACCGCGCCGAGGCCGAGGCCCUGGCCCGCGGAGACAACUUCGAGACGGUGACCUGGCUGGCCCAGCGAGAGGUGGUGCGGGCGCCCAGCCCGGGCUGGAGGGCCGCCCACUACCGCGUCCGGCCCGUGCAGCCCACCCACGUCCUCCACGACGGUGAUGUCAUCAGCCUCGGUGACAGACAGCUCACGGUUAUGCACAUGCCUGGUCACUCCAGGGGCAGUAUUUGCUUGCACGACAAAGACCGGAAGAUACUGUUCAGCGGAGACGUGGUGUACGACGGCUCGAUGAUCGACUGGCUCCCCUAUAGCAAAAUCAAUGACUAUGUCCGAACCUGCGAGCGCCUUAUAGAGUUAGUGGACCGGGGUCUUGUAGAGAAAGUUCUUCCCGGACACUUCAACACUUUUGGGGCCGAGAGGCUUUUUCUAUUAGCCUCCAACUACAUUUCCAAAGCUGGAGUGUGUCACAGAGUCUCUACUUGUGCUAUGAGGUCUCUUGCAAGUUUAGCUCUCCGUGUGACAAACUCCCGACACACUCCUUAAGUGGAGUGAGUACCCCUCCUUCACUAAAUGGUCAGUGGUUGAUUCUCUUAAUGGCUUCUGAUCAGCAAGUUGGAAAACUUGCUUUUACGGUGUUAAAAAAGUCCGAGACUCAACAAGCCCCCCCAAAAGUAUUUUUUUUCCCAUGAGACAAGAAACCACUAAAAUAAGCUAGUAGCUUGCCAGAGCUCCUACCUUUCAAUAUUUUUUUUUGUUGGGAGCAGGAGAAAGUUGGAAAGGGAAGUUAAGAAUUGUACCACGUUUACUGGUCGAAGAUUCACUUAUUUCCCCUAGGAUUCAAGAUACCUCCGUUGAAACACAAGGUUUAUGUUUGAACUCCAAACUUAACAUCCUUACUGUGUCAAGAAGCUAAAUUUGCUUUCUUAAAUCUCUAAUAUUUUCACUAUCUAGAAAUACCAUCUAAUUCUCAGUGUUCAGUUUAAAGCAACAGCAGUAACAUUCCAUGGCUAUUCCUAGUAUUGGAUUCAUGUAUGCUGCACUUUAUUCUUCCUGUAAUUCUGUGAAGUAGAUGUGCAUUUUAUUUGUGAAAAAUAAAGCACAUUGAUGUUUAAUGCAAAGCUUUAAAAACAGCAGAAGUGCUUGAGUCAAAUGGUAGAAUGUAGUGUUCAAUACAGCUAUAGUAUUUUUCAAACAGAGUAAGAUUUCAAGUGUGUAAUUAACAUGCAAGCUAGGUUCUUUGAAAGGAUACUGUCAGGUAAACUUCAAAAAUAUAUGCAGUAUUUGGUUUGAGUAAUUAUUUUCAAAGCUACAAUCAAGAUUACUCUUGAUCAAUAACAUCUUCACUGGUUAUGUAACAUUUCAUACUGCCAAAGGAACUCUUGGAGAUGCCCCCAAAGAAAAUAGCAUCCAGUCUUCUUGGCCUCCUAGAGCAUCCUACAAAGAAAGAAACCCAAGACUCUUAGUGCCUGUCUUCUUCUCUCAAGGCCAAAACAACAGAAACUCCACUUUGAAGUGGAAGCUGGAUACUGCCUAGGAGUCCAAUAUCUCUCUUCCAUUCCUUCCUUGUUCUGGGUAGUCAGUUCUGUCAUUACAUGGGCUUUUACUACCUGUGUAGGUUAGAACACGAUGGGGGAAAUUAAGGAAUAAUGUGUGUGUGUGUGGAAAGAAUGGGACGUGGUGUCAGAAGAAACUGUCAUGCACGUGUUCCUGAUUGAACACGGGGUGAGGGCUGAAACAUGAGUUUCCUUUAACGGGAAUUCUUCAAGAAUGCAUAUCCUUGAGAUGUAGAACUGACUUACUUGGAAAAUUGUAUAUGGGGAAAAGGGAGCCAUUUUGGAUCCUUCAGAACUAUUACCUAGAAGACCGUUUUCCUUGGAACCCAGAAUACUCGUCAACUACAGAAUGGAAAUGUAUCUUUCAUAAGGUGGCUUUUCCUUUGGGUGAGCCUUAAGUUUUUAAUCUAUGUCAGUGAGAAUGUAGCGUUGUGGAAGCGGCAUUCCAAUUUAUUUUCACUGGGUCUUAAACAUAGACAAUUUUAUACUAUCAGAAAAUUAAUCUCCUCGAUAUUUAAGUACUUUUCAGAUUAGAGGUUUCAUUCUGAGAAACACUUGAGUUUGCCUCUAGCCCUAAGUAGGAGCUGCACUAAAUUUCAGUGCCUUGGGAGAGAGGGAGAAUGCUUUUGAAAAUUACCAGAAAUAUUUUUAUGAUUAAAUAAAAGAGUCAAGAAGCUAGCUUGUCUGCAUUUGCACCGAUAAACAAUGGUAUCCCACGCUUAAAUUUAUGGUUUGUAGCAUUUUGCUCUUGGUUUAACCUAAACUAUGAAAACGUUAAUUCAUCAUGAACUUGAUGUAAACUGACCUAGAUGUGUUUACAAUUCAAGCGGAGUUGUGCCUAAAGUAAAUUAUGUUGAUUAUAAAACUGAAGUGUUUUUAAAGUAGAGAUGAGAUAAUUAAAAUAUACAUAUUUUUACCCUGACAGCAACCCUUUAACUCUGAUGAUGAUUUUCUGUCAAUGCGAAAUGUAGGUUGAGUUCUAAGUUGCCUAACUUGAAGCUAUCUAGAAUGUGUUUUUAGUGUGUAUAUGGCCAGUGUUUCAUCUUUGGUAAAUUUAAGUUUCUUGAUUGCUGCUUUUCAUUAAGAGGUAAAAAGAAUACCUAAGUUUUUAUCUGUUUUAUCUAUUAACUGUGAACAAAACAUCCCUGAUGUGUAAAUAAAACUGUACAUUAUCUUUGUUCUUACUUGGAUGGUAAUAAAUGUGUAAUACACCCUG